AUGCAAAUUAAAGGCAAACAACUUACAUGUAGACUAAUAAUAGACAAAAUGCACAUCAAAGAAAGUGUAACAUACAAAGGAGAUAGAUUGAUGGGGUAUAUAAAUUAUGGAACUGGCACUGAUGGUUGUGAUGGACUUCUCAAAGCAACUUAA